AUGGAGAAAGAUAAGCAUGCUGAUAAAGAAAUCCCACAAACCAAUCCCGAGCAGCAGGAGGAGGAACUUGUUGUGAAACGAGGCGCGACAUCAGUGGUAUGGACGUGGUUCGGGUUUACAAAGGCUGACAAAGAGCAGAAAAAUGUGAUUUGCAAACUGUGUCACGCGAAUGUAACCGUUAGCCACGGUAGCACGAGUAACUUGUUUUAUCAUCUAAAGGUGAAGCAUGUCAAAGAAUACAAUGAAAGCCAACAGAUGCGCUCCACAUCAGGUGUUCCGUCAACCUCUGGUGCUAAAAGCAAAAAACAAUCUCAAACUAGUUUGGCCGAAUCAUUUACCAGAGGCACUCCAUAUGACAAAACCUCACGCAGAUGGAAAGAAAUAACGCAAGCCAUUACAAUGCAUAUCUGUAAAGACAUGUCACCAGUUUACACAGUGGAAAAGAAGGGAUUUCGUGAUCUGAUCAAAACGCUUGAUCCGAGAUAUGUAAUGCCGAGCCGCAAGCACUUUAGUGAAGUAGAGUUGCCGCGGUUGUAUGGAGAAUGCCGACGGAAAAUUGAAGCGGAGCUUCGCGAUGCUUUAUACUUCUCAACAACAACUGAUUUGUGGACAAGCCGAACUACACAGCCAUAUAUGAGCUUAACAAUCCACUUCAUCAAAGACUGGACAUUGUGCAGUAGAUGUCUGCAGACUUCCUAUUUUCCCGAGGAUCACACGGGAGAGAUGAUAGCUCAAAGUUUAAAGGAAGCGCUUCAGUCAUGGGAAUUGCGAGAGGAUCAUCAAGUCUGUGUCACAACUGAUAAUGCAACGAACAACAUCAAAGCACUGCAACUAAAUGACUGGACGCGGUUACAGUGUUUUGCUCAUCGUCUUCAUUUAGCCAUUGAGAGAGGUGUAAAAGUGCCCCAAGUUGACCGCGCAAUUGGGGUGUGCAAGAAAAUUGUGAGUGCCUUCUCAAACACUUGGAAAAGACAGCGAGAACUGGCCAUAGCUCAGGUGCAGCUAGGCUUGCCUCCUCACAAGCUUAUCACUGAGAGUCCAACAAGAUGGGGAUCGCGCCAACAAAUGAUCGAAAGGGUCAUUGAGCAGGAAAAAGCCCUAACACAAGUCCUGCAAGCUGACAAAAAGACCAGACAUUUGGCUCUGACAUGGCAGGACAUGGACGUUCUUGAGUCUGUAAAUAAGGCAUUAUGCCCACUCGUAGAGUUUACAGAUGCCCUCUCUGGGGAACAGUAUGUAAGCGUUUCAUACCUGAAACCCGUGCUUUAUCUUUUUAAUGAACAGGUUCUUAAGCCACAGGAUGAUGACACGCAGCUCACCAGGGACAUUAAGGUGAACAUUCUUGACUAUUUGAAUGAAAAAUAUGCAGAUGAAUCCACCCAGGAGCUGCUUGACAUGGCUUCCCUUCUCGACCCUCGCUUCAAAACCACAUACAUAAAUGCAGAACGAGUGGACUACAUGAAGACCAGAGCUGCAGCAGAGAUGGAGAGUCUUGCAGCUGAUCCAAAAAGGCCUGUCGAGGGAGUCUCAGUGCCACUAGCUGAAGAUGCUGGAGAAAAUUCAGAAUGUCCUGCUAAAAAACAGAAGAAAAGUUUGGGAAGCUUCUUCAAAAUUGCUUCACGCCAACGGCAAGCUGUCCCCCAGUCAGAAAGGGAGUCCAUUGAAAUGGAACUUAACAGCUAUUUACAGGCAGUUGAAGUGGAUGGUGAGACCAACCCCCUGGAAUGGUGGAGGCAGCACGAGGCUAAUUUUCCACGUGUGGCCAGCCUGGCAAAAAAAUAUCUGUGCAUCCCUGCCACAAGUGCUCCAUCUGAGCGUGCUUUCAGCACAAGUGGGAAUAUUGUCACAUGCCGCAGAUCAGCACUAAAACCUGAGAGAGUUGACCAGCUUGUUUGUCUUGCACACAAUUUGUAA